AUGCUAAGAACAGCAGAUGAAUUACGGGCAGAAUUGCUUGCCAAGAAGCGGCAGCGCGAAGAGGAGGCGCAGAAACGAGAAGAGUUAGCUGCCCAAGCUCGUGGCGCCGUUUACGACUUGGUGUUUCUCGGGCUCUCUUUCAAGGAAAUUUUGCAGCGAACGAGCAUAGCUCCACAAACGCUAGCAUUGAUGUUCAAAGAAUUAAAACUGCCCUAUAGAAUGCCCACUCAAAUUUACGAAUCUCCAAAGCCCGUGGUAGCUUCCCCAAGGUCAACACCGCCUGUUGAGCCUCCUAAGCCCUCGGAUAGGUUUGGAGCUGAUCGUUGGUCGAAAGAAAUGGUAAUAGAAGUUUCGGAUAGUGAGGAUGAGGAUGAAAUGGAAAUUGAUGAAGUGUCGUCUUCAACUCCUAGUGAGCGGUCUCGAUCUGCGGAUUCAGGAGAACUUAGUACCGUGGAUGAUGUGCAGUCCAGGAUCCGGGAACUGGAAGAAAAAAUUAAAAUAAUGAGGGAUAAAGGCUCAGUUGAGGCAAAACUUCAAGAAGUUCUUUCUCAAAGGGAAUUGAUAGCUCAGCGUCGGCAAAAAAUUGAGUCGCAAGUCGGGGAGUUCAAGAUCGACCAGUUGACAUCUUCAAUCGAGGCCAAUCGAGUCGAGCUGAAUCGGCUUCAAAAUACAAUUGCAGCACAAACUCAGACUUUAAAGGAGGCCCAAAAUGCCGCAAAGCAAUUAAGUGUACAGCUGAGUACGUUGGAAAGUCGAGACCGGGUUCUCGCUAGCAAACAGAUCCAGCUGAAAGCUGUGAAAAAGGAAGAACUUGAAUCCUCAGAUGAAUCUGACACUGAGCUAACUAUUGAGAUGGGCACAGAAACGGGACAAGUCUCCGUUAAUACAAAUACACAGCCCAAAGUGUGCGAUUUCGCAUACUCCAGUCCUUUGCAUAUUUUCUCAUCACAUCGAUUUUCGCCGUUUGCAAACGUGUUUGCACCAAAGUACAAUAGCAGGUACGUGUCUAGCGAUCGACUCUACUGCAAAACAGAGGCAUCAGGUAAAACCUGCAGAGACGACACUUGCCCAGAUGUUCAUGCAUCCGAUUUCAAUAUUUCUAAACAAGAAACGUUGCGGCAUUUAUCGGAGGCAGUUGUUGGAGACCCCAAAGAGUUUCGAAAAGGCCUAGCGAAGCAAAUCUGUGAACUAGAAAAAGUCAGCACAGAGUUUGAUCCCCUUGAAGUUGCAAAAGUCAUCAUAGAUUAUCGUCAUGGGCUGGACCCAGUGCGGUUUUUAGAUUGGAACGAAUUGAACGCUUGA